AUGGAGUCCAGCAUCCUCGACUCCCUCGGCACCGACAUCAUCGGCGUGAUGUCGCCGGUGUCCAUCUGCAUGCUACUCGUGGUUCUCCUCGUCUAUUCUCUCUCCACGCCUAGCGAUCUCGCUGCAGCUGCCCCCGCCGUAACGACCGCUGCAACGUUGGUGUACCAGGAGUCGCCCGCCGAUUCCCCGUCUCAGAAGCUCGAGGGGGCCCUCCUGAAUGCUGUCGUCUUCGUGCUGCUCAUCGCUGCCGUAACUUUCCUUCUCCUCCUUCUCUACUACUACAACUGCACAAACUUCCUCAAGAACUACAUGCGCUUCUCUGCCUUCUUUGUUCUCGGCUCCAUGGGGGGAUCGAUUCUACUCUCCCUUGUCCAGCGCUUCUCCUUGCCUCUCGACGCCUUCACCUGCGCGAUUUUCAUCUUUAAUUUCUCGAUAGUGGGAGUGCUCUCGGUAUUUUCUGUUAGCGUGCCGAUCCUUCUGAGGCAGGCCUACAUGGUUGCCCUAGGCAUCAUAGUCGCAGCUUGGUUCACGAAGCUUCCCGAAUGGACGACAUGGGCGCUUCUGAUGGCGCUCGCUGUGUAUGAUCUGAUCGCCGUCCUUGCUCCCGGAGGGCCGCUCAAGCUCCUGGUGGAGCUGGCUUCAAGCAGGGAUGAGGAGCUCCCCGCUCUCGUCUACGAGGCGCGACCUAAUGUUUCCACCAGGCCUGUCACUGGUUCCCUCGAGCUUCAGCCUGCAUCCCACCUCGCCCGCGCUUCGGCCAUCGAGAUUGUCAAUCUGGAAGCAGAGAUUGUUGAGAACUCGUCCGUGAGGAGUUCGAUUGUGGAAAUUGAGCAAGUCGAGGAGGAGAGAUCGCCGUUGGUAGGAAGUCGUGAAAGGCAACAGAUGCGGAGCACAGAAAGAGGUGACUCUUCGGGCCACAGUGAGCUGAUGGAGACGACUCGAGGUAUCAAACUGGGUCUGGGGGAUUUCGUUUUUUACAGUGUGCUUGUGGGACGAGCUGCAAUGUACGAUCUGAUGACUGUGUAUGCGUGCUAUUUGGCGAUCAUAUCAGGGCUUGGAUGCACACUUAUUCUGCUUUCAGUUUGCCGUCAGGCUUUGCCUGCUCUUCCUAUCUCCAUCGCCCUAGGGAUCAUUUUCUAUUUUCUGACCCGGUUGUUGAUGGAACCAUUUGUGGUUGGUAUAUCCAGCCAGUUGGUGAUGUUGUAA